ACGAUUGGACGCGCGCCACUAACGCCACCUAACAUACGAUUUCAAUGAGUGGAACGUCAUGCAGUGACUUUGUCAAGUUUAGUUAUUGGAAGUGUUAGCAACCUGUAAACAAUCCAUCAUGGCGGCACCUGCAGAUGAGAAAGAAAGUGCAGAAUCACUGCUGGCCGAGACACAAAAGAAGAUAAGUGAUGCUUUUGACAUCUUUGACCAUGAGUCGAACAAAACUGUGGAUGUCAGAGAGGUAGGAACAAUCAUCAGAUCGCUCAAUUGUUGCCCAAGCGAGGGCGAGCUUCAUGACUUGUUGGCCGAGAUGGAAGAAGAGGAGCCGACGGGAUACAUCCGCUUUGAUCGCUUCUUGCAGACCAUGACGGAAGUGCUGAUGGCUAGAAAGUUUAAGCCAUCACCCGAGGACCAGUUGCAGAAGGCAUUUGAGGUUCUGGACACAGACAAGAAGGGAUAUCUUACUGUCGAGGAACUUACAAAGUGCAUGACCGAGGAGGCGGAGCCAUUCACCCAAGAAGAGCUGGAGGAGAUGCUAUCAGCAGCAGUGGACCCAGACAAGGGGGUCAUACUAUACAAGGACUAUGCAUCACUCAUGGCGGUGGAUGAGACCGCAUGAGAGUUGCACAGAGGUUCAUUUUGUAAAUAUCUUGUAAAAAUUACGUUAAACACUUUCAACCCAUUAGUUCCUGUAACGCCCCAUCUGCCCAGCCUGUUACUCCCUGUACAACCGAAAACCAUCCUGCCUGUUACUCCUUAUAUACUGCCCCAAACUGCCCUGCCUGUUACUCCCUGUACCACCCAAUUCCAUCCUGCCUGUUACUCCUUAUACCGCCCAAAACUACCCUAGCACUGUAUGGUUUUAUGAAGUCACCAGAUAAGGGAGUAAAUACAUUGUAAUACAAUGUACUUCAAGUACUGGUAGGAACGCCCAAGGCUGCCUUUAUAGGAAAACCACUUCUUAAUUGUUUGCGGCUGGGCGGGUGACCAGGAAUAUUCCAAGCAUGUGGAGGUCUGUCGGAAAAUUUGUUGUCACGAUUCCUCCCUCUUAAAUUGAUCUAGCACUGCCCAUGUUCCAGUGGGACAUUGUGUUUCAAAACAAGAAUUGGGAUAUCAAACCUAGUGUAAAGGAACAUAGGCUCAUUUUCUUCAUCCUCUAUCUAUCGACAUUAUUUGGGCGAAAGAAGCUGUCAAACUCUGGCACUGCAAUGGGUGAAGAAUCCCAAUGCUGAUUCCAUCACAGUUCACCCCCUAGUAGUUCCUCAGGACUACCCUGCUAAAUCCAACAGAGUCCAACCGCAGUUUCCUGCUCAAUCCACUGUGCCUUAUUUUCAGUUGUCUGCUGAAUCCAACGGAGUUCAACAUGGCGUUAUAAUGCGGUUCAGUUGCCUGCUGAAUCCAACAUUUUGCAUGAGGAAUGUACACAAGGGGUUAACUGCUCAAUCCAACAGGCUCCAUCGGGUAUAUGACAUAGUUGGAUCCUGUUGGAUUCAGCAGGGUUAGGGUUAACAAGUCAAUCUCAAGCCAUUCAGUCCCGAGGCCUAGUCACAAGCUAGGCAAAUGGACUCCGCAAAGCAUUCCUUACGAAUGGGCUUGUGAUUUGCUUGAGACUGGAUUUGAGACGGACUUGUGAAAUCCUUACCCGUUCAAGAAAAUUUGAGGAGGCUGUGAGAAAGUUUGGUGAUGUUCACUUUUUGUUUAAGUAUGUUCAUUAGAACAGAGUUGUAACAAUUAUUUUUAAGGAUGAAAUUACAUUUUCCCACCGUUGACACAGUAAGCAUAAAAGACUUGAGUCUAAAAAUUGGCAAUUUUCGAUCCGUAAAUUUAUUUACAACAAAAUAUGUUAAAUUUCAUUUCCUUGUCUUUUUUUUUUUAAUUUGAAAUUCUUUUGUUUCAGUUGCACUCUAAAGCUAAGUUGGACAAAAAUUUACAAAUAGAUUUGAAGGUUUCUGAUAAAAAGGAACCUUUUCUUUGUAACACAAAGUGAGCUGUCAAGAAUACCAGGGCAGUUAAUCUUGGAAACAAAUAAAAGCGGAGAAAUACACAGUGGAACACAAAUAUAAGGCC